AUCAGAGUCAAGCUAGGGUUUUGGGUGCAAGUGGGAGAGAAUGGAGCUGAAGGGGCGUCAGAGUGAUGAAGAUCUGUCAAGUUCGAAGCGUCGUCGCCUAUCAGAACGGACACUGAAGCUUUUAGAGGAGAAGGCAUCCUUUCCCAAUGUAUCCAAGUGUCGAAGGAAACGCAACAAACUAGUCUUCUCCUGCUUCGGGGAUACUCACGAGCUCCCUGAUUCACUUGCCCUAAAUAAGGAAUAUAAUAUCGGCUCAUAUUUUGACACCGAAUGCACAGUUUAUUCUGAAUCCUUCCGAUAUGUACCAAAUGUCGAGGUUGGCAAACAACUGGAUGUUUUAGAAUUGCUCGGGGAUAACCUCUUCAGUUUCAGCACUAGUAGCCACAACGUUCCUAGCAUUCUGCCCACCGGAUUCACAAGUUAUGUGGGUUCAUGUGAUCCAAAUAAAGGCACGGAUAAGGGUAGUCGUAAUCCUCAAAGGAUUCAACCCCCCAUAUUGAGACGUUGUGUUAAUGUUGAUGAAGGUGUUUUGGCCUCAACCUCAAGCACAACAACAGGCAAGGAGAAUGUUAAUGUCGAAAGCACCCUGAACCUAAAGGGUAAAUACGUCAUGAUUUGUUGUGCGUAUGUGCCUUCGAUAUGGUGUUCAACCGAUGGACCCAUGGUUUAUCACACAGCUUUAGCUUCUCAUGAGCUCGCGAGAAGAGAUGAUUUCGUGUUGGUGGUGGUGCCAAUGAUGAGGGAGGGUUUCACUCACUCUCGCUCUGCCUAUCUACACUUCUUGUCGGGUUUUUCCUGCCAUGCUGUCCCUUUCAAUGACUCUCGCCGGCGUGAGUACAUUUGCUCAGCACUCAGGUUUGAUGGUAAGCUUAAGGUCGUGAUUCUAGAUCCAUCUCAAAAGAUCCUUUACCAUGGCCCGCCCGACAUGUUUUUUGAGUUUGGGGGAGCUGAGCAUGACUGCUUUCCUUUUACUCCAGAGAGAAUGGAGAAUUGUUUAUACCGUGAUUCUAUUCUGAAGGAUCUCUCCCUCAAUGAGAUUUUGGGCCUCAGUGACACUGAUGUUCUAUGGAAUGUUUUGAAGGAUGGUUGUUUAACUAUAUCAGAACUUAAACAGAAGUUUGUGGGCCUUUACGUGUGCUCUGAGGGUACAAGUUUAAGGAGCCUUCACGAGGUUCACGACGAAUGUAGAAGACAAAAGUAUGAGCUUGAGAUUGUGGUGGUGUGUUGUCCCUGCCAUAGGCAGGUUCCCCCAAAGUUGCAUGAGGAGUUGAUCAUUGAAGCUCUUGCAAGUCUUAAGCUGCUAGGCUGGUGGUUUUUUCCCUUUGAAAACACCGUGUGCCGCAGGCUAGGGCGAAUGUGUAAAGGGGAGCGUUAUGAGGAAGGUCUUUUCAUAGUGGAUCCUAUUGAAAAGCAUGUGGAUCCCUAUGGAUUACCAAUCAUCCUUGACUUCGGCGUGGAAGAUUAUCCCUUCACCAGGAGGAAAUUAAUUGAGAAGGAAUUGCAAAGGAAAAUGGGACUGAGAUUGAACUCAUUACUACUUCCUUGGGGAACUGUUACUGCCUCACUUGAUAGCCACGACGUAUUUCGUUUUCCGACGGGAAUGCUUCAGAACAAGAUUGUUGUUCUUUAUCUGUACAUAGAGCCGUGGAAACUUCUAGCUGAUAAAUUAGCUGCAUGGCAUAAAAAGAAUAUUAAAAGAAAGCAUUCAAAUGUUGUUGAGGUGGUUGCGGUAAGCAUAGAUGGCAGCGGCGCUAGUGAGAAACACUUGAUGGAUAAGGGGUGGUUUGUAUGCCGCGCUGACCCAUCCAAGUCAUGUAAACUCUGUGAUGAAUACUUCCAUCCUCUAUGCGGGGUACACGAGACUCUUGUUGCAUUUGGUGAAGAUGGCCGGAUUCAAUCUAUGGAUCCGAAUCACAUUUUGGAAUCUCAAUUUCCUCCUUUCCAUGGCAAUCUACGUGAAGAGAUUGCUCGGGAAUUUGAAGACGCUGGGUUUCAUUACAUGCAGGGCACAUUGAUGACUGACUAAUUUUGAAGGGUUUGCAUGCUAUACUGAUUUUUGAAUUGAUGUCCUGAUAAUUAUUUAGGUCAACCAUUUAAAUUAAUUAUUGUGAUACAU